GUUCCCACUUUGAUGCUUUUCAUACCAUGGCUAAAUUCGUAAUUACACUUCCAAAUCUAGGGCACAAAAUGCCCCUACGGGCAGCACACUGUGACUUCCUCCAACCCAGCUCACACGAUCCAUUAGAAUCCCUCUCUUUUGUCGAUUAUGGCCUGAACUUCAACAACUCUCCUUAAUUCCUCUCCUUCUUCUCUCAUUCACUCCAAGAAUCCAUCACUAUCCGUCGCAAGAAAACACUCCGCAAGCUUCAACGCAAGCCCUAGAAGAUGUCCGGCGGGUUUUUCCGGGGUACGUCGGCGGAGCAAGACACUCGAUUCUCGAACAAACAGGCGAAGCUGAUGAAAUCGCAGAAGUUUGCUCCUGAAUUGGAUCACCUGGUGGACAUGACGAAAGUGAAGAUGGAUGUUAUCAGGCCAUGGAUUGCUACUAGGGUGACCGAGUUGCUCGGGUUUGAAGACGAAGUUCUAAUCAACUUCAUUUAUGGACUUUUAGAUGGAAAGGAUGUGAAUGGCAAACAAGUUCAAAUAUCGUUAACUGGAUUCAUGGAGAAAAAUACUGGGAAGUUUAUGAAAGAGCUGUGGGCGCUACUCCUUAGUGCCCAGAAGAAUGCAAGUGGUGUACCUCAACAAUUCUUGGAUGCUAAAGAGGAGGAAACUAGGAAGAAGAAGGCAGAGUCAGAUCGGAUAGCAAAUGAAAUUCAAAAGAAGAGAGAGAAGGAAAGUAGAGAACUCAUGGAAGAGAAAUUGAAGAAGAUGGACGGUGGUGUUGAUAGCUCAAAGGUGACUAAUGCCGAAUUGGAACCAGUUUCAAAGCACAUUAAACCAAGGAAUUCCGGUGCCCAUUCUGAAGAUGAGAAAGAUACUGCAGAGAGGAACGGGUUCAGAGGAAGGAACAGAUCUCCCAAUUCAGCUGAUUGUUCCCCUUUAUCUCCACGAGGUGCACGUCGGUCAAUGAGCGGGUCAUUUUCCAAUUCCAGAAGUUAUUCGGAUGAGAGACGGAAGUCAAGGAGUGUAUCGGGAUCACCUCAACCACGAGGACGCUCCAUUUCUUCUGAAAGGGUGUACCACCAUGAACGAAGACGAUCUCUUUCACCUCGUCGAAAGCAUUUUCCUCGAGGAUCAAUCUCCCCCCCAAGACAGAGAUCAUCACAUUCCAGGCGACGGUCCACAUCCCGAUCACGUUAUAGGUCACCUUCCCCUGCACGACGUAGAUUGCGUUCUCCUUUAAGACGCAGAUCACCAUCUCCUGUACGACGCAGGUCACCUUCUCCAAGUAAACGCAGUUCGCCAUCACCCAUUAAACGCAGAUCACCUUCUCCCAUCAGACGCAGGUCACCGUCUCCCUUUAGACGUAGGGUUUCUCCCCCGAUGCGACGUAGGUCUCCUCUGCGACGUGGGUCCUACUCUCCUGUACGGCGUAGAUCACCUAUGCGGCGAAGAUCUCCAUAUCCUGUUUGGCGCAGAUCACCCUCUCCUAUACGGCGUAGAUCUCCCUCUCCUGUACGUCGCCACCGCCGGCGGAGAUCGUCAUCAACUCCACGCCAUAGGUCUCCAUCUCCUGUGAGACAAAGGUCCCCUAUUUAUGUGCGCAGAAGAUCACCAACUCCUUCCCGACGUAGGCCUUCUUCACCUUAUGGAUGGAGUUCACCAUCACCAGUUGGGUAUAGGUCCCCUUCACCAGCUAGGAGGCAAUCACCAAAGCACCAGAGGAGUUCACCGUUGCAAAAUAUUAGAGAAAGAAUCAGGAUGCGGGAUGAAUCAUCUCCUGUCCGUCAUGUUCCGAGAGGGAGGGUUGACAGGGGACCAGAUUCUGUUGUAUGUCGACCUCCAAUUUCUAUGAGAUCACCACAAAGAGAUCCAAAAGAUAAAAGGGAUUCUGGUAAAAAGGUUCCAGCUUUGUCAUCUUCUCCAGAUAGAUCUGCAAGCCUUUCAGAAUCUCCACCACGUACGAGGAAAAUGAGUCCCAGUGAAAAUCAGAGAGCAUCCAGUCUUCCUAAGAGUCCUGUCAGGCGACCAAGGGAAAGGAUGAGUGCUGACAGCAGCCUAAGUCCUCCACGCAAGCCUAGAGAACAGAAAAAUCGUCAUGAUAGUCCUGAAACAAGUGGAGAGGAGGAAACUAAUUUUACCAGGGAGGACAAGGAUCUUAGAUCCAGGUCAUUACAAAAACGAUCCCCUGCUGUUAGCAAACAGAAAGAUUCCCCCGUGAAUAUACUUUACAAGGAGAAGGACCCUCCUGAAAGGCCAGCUGGUCAUCGGGCUGCUGAAAAGCAGAGUGGUCCUGAUAACAAAGAACCGAGAAAGAAAGACCAGGAGAUAAAGAGUGAGAAGGCUUCAGGAAAGGUGGGGCGUCCAGAUUUUACUGAUCGACAAGAGUCUCCAAUCUCAUAUAAAGACUCUUCCAUAGGCAGUAGGCAACAGUUAUUGCAUUCUAGAGAACAUUACAAAGCUGAUGACCAGCGCCAUUCUCGUUCAAACAAUGUCAAGGACAGCAAUUGGGAUCACAAAUUAGAAACUUCACCGAAAGCAAACGUGAAGGCGGCUGAAAAAAUUGGUCGGAGGAGUAUUGACUCUGUUUCUGAGGGAAGUGAUAGGUACAAAAGUGAACGCAAGGAAAAGAGAAAGCAUAAGAGGUCUGAUAGGAAAGAAGUGACAUCAGAUGAUGAUUUCAGUUAUGAUUCUGAAAUAGAGCACAGGAAGGAGGCCAAGAGGAGGAGGAGGGAGGAAAAGCGAUUACGGAAAGAAGAGAAGCGUCGACGGCGUGAAGAGCGACGCCGCAAAAGGGAAGAACGGCGUGCCGAGAAGCUGAAAAUGAAGUCGAUGGAUACUGUCUUUCCACCAUCGGACUCUGAGAAAAAUCAAAAUAAUGCAUAUGGCUCAGAUGGUGAACAUGUUGCGAGGAGGGACUGUCAUUCAAGUGAUGCUGAAGAGACCGAAAGUGAGCAGAAAAGGCUUGAGAUUGAGUUGCGGAAAAAGGCUCUUGAAUCACUUAGAGCAAAGAAGGGCAUCAGUCACUAAACUAAUUGCUGCUUUGGAACAAUUAGCUAUUAUUUGACAAUUUUAUUUUUGUUGAGCAGUAUCUUUCAAAAAUUUCUAGGAAAUUUAUGUUUUCAAAUGAGUGUAUCCAUAUAUUUGAUAGAUCUUUAAUGUAGUCUGUGUUUACUGCUGGCAGCUGAAAUGGAUAAAUGACGAUUUCGUGAGCUA